ACCUACCGCAGCUUUAGAAAAUAAAGGUUUGCCGUGGUCUGCUCUGCCCCAUCGUUUGUGGAACAAACGAUGGGGUCGCGGAGUUGUUUCUCCUCUGCGUGUUUCACGGACUGUUCAGUCGGGCAAUUGCUGAGAGACGGAGGCACGCAGCAGCACGACCACCUAGCAAUGUCGACGGUGACACAGUCUUCUUUUUAAUACGUAGCGAUGGCUAAGGUAUCGGGAAAGCUUCACCACCUCAGCAGGUGUCGCCUGCCUGCCAUUGAUCCUCUCUCCCUGGCGUCGGUGUCUGUUCGAGUCUGGCCCGCCGUUAGCUACGCACGCACGGCCCCCUCUUCUAGUCUCGCGUGGGAUCAGAUCAGCCACGAAUCGCUGUUAUCCGGCCCCCUCCAUCAACGACGAAGGAGCCUUGAACCCUUAUCUGACAACCCUGCAACAACCUCGCAUUAUCCAUUUCAGCGAAUGACCGGCCCGCCCCAUCGCAGUCUCCAGUGGCCAAUCGCCCCAGCCCGCCCCAGCCCCCCAAGUUCAAUGGAAGUCCAGUCCUGCCAAGUGCCAACCGCUCACACGGGCUCCCACCACUCGUCAGCUGAGAGGGCAAGGCGUCUAGCUGGCUGCCUCUUUUGAAUGGCGGGGCGGUUCGCCUCGUCUCUCAGCUGCUUCAGCUCCACGCCCUGUCGUCCUCCUCUCGUCCUGCUCAGCCGCCAGAGGCUUUCUGCUAGGCGCCUUGAUAUACCGACACUUCUCCCUGAGCCUGUCAUUUG